CCAUGACAAUUCUUUGUUUGACGUUUAUUAAUAGCUCUAACCUCAAAAAUAUUGAAAUACUGAUCCAGAGGUUUAUUCGCAAGAAGUUAUUACAUUUGUUAUAAAUUAAUCUAUUAUUUAAGAUUAUAAUAUGGCAAAACCAGCAAAUAAGGCAGGGAAGAAGUCGAGCGAGGAGGUGUUCGCCGGUUUCCAAACCCUGCGCGCCGAGCAACGGCAGCUCGCCAACAAGAUCUCCGAGCUGGAAAUGGACUUAAACGAGCACAAGAUUGUGGUGGAGACGCUGAAGGGUGUGGAAGCUGACAGGCGCUGCUUCCGCAUGGUGGGCGGGGUGCUGCUGGAGCGCACGGCGGGCUCCGCGCUUGCCGAGCUCGAGGCCAAUCUGCAGCGCCUACCGCAGGCUCUCACUGCGCUCAAUGAGCAACUUGCUAACAAGGGCCAGGAAAUCAAUGCUUAUAUCGAGACCCACGACAUCCGCCUGCAGCGGGGCGCCACUACUGCACCUGCGCCUGUGCCCGAAGCCCCUUCCUCGCAGCAGAACAAUGUGCUGGUUGCCAGCGGCUGAGCAUCCUCCGACACAGUGCUUGCUUCUUCACUUUCUGUGUAACAAAAGUUACUCAGACUGCAAAGACUGUUUAAAAUGUUUAAAUACUUGAUGUGGUAAAUCUGCUCAUUGCCAUUUUCAGGCACUCGGCCACAAAUUAACAAGAUUCAGAUUUCUUACUAAUAAUUGUGUGUAUCCUUGAGUGGGCCAAACAUCAAUCCAUCUAAUUUGUGUAGGUUGUAAAUUUGUAAAAGCUCAUAAAAUAUUUACCUACAUUUUUUAUUGAACAGUGUCUUCUUUUAAAUGUUACUUCAGAAACUGAAAUACAUUUUUAAUUACAUAUUAUAUAAUGUGUCUCUACUCUCUGGACAUUGACCGAGAUCCCAAGUAGAGUUCCUUCUCAGGAAUGUUCUAAUAUGGUAAAUUAUUUAAUUAGAUAAACAUUAAAUAAAUAUAUUGUUAAAGUUAAAUUAAUUCAAAUAAAUCAUCAAUAAAUAGAAGCAUACUUAGUCAUUCACAAUGGCGAUAAGAUUAAAGUGCCACUAGUGACAUGACAUACUCUUUAAUUACCGUGUAUCUACAUACAGGCUGUUCCCAAGUAUUCAAUAAUAAAUCAUUUAUUUCUCCGUUAAUACUGUAUAUCGGUUAGGUACUUUGUACAUAGGUUAGAAGUACCCUAAUAGACACAUCCUAUUCAUCUAUGUGCAGAGCGUAGAGACACGUUGUAUAAUAAGUAUGUUCUUUUGGUUUAAAAUAAACAAACUAGGUAUUCAAAUUUAUUGUGCUUGGAAAGUAAAUAUCUAUUUAAAUUUGAUUUAUUUAGGUUUAAGUUGUAUGUAUUCAAUAUAUUUUAUAAAUGUA